UUUAAGCCGCUCGUAAGAACUGGACGUAGUACUACUGCUUUUGUUUCGCUGUCUUCACACUUUUCAAUGAAUCCAGUGUUAUUUCGUCGAGUAAUUGAAAAAUAACAAGAUCACUUGUUACGGAUAUUUUAUUAAUAUUUUAUGUGAUUGGUAAUGGAAACCGAGUUCCCGAAACUUUCGACCAAUCACAAUCGUUUCGGGAGGUGCCAAAUAAACUCUAUUCGCUCUGUGCACGUGGGCGGAGCAAAAAAUCUAAUACUACUGCACUAAUAGUAAUUAGUGUGUAUUCAUGCAUACUGCCAGCGCCACCAUUUAAGGGGACUCCAGCAUUUUUGGGGGGGAAUACGUAUACACAACACACGCUCAUUUUCAAAGUAGUAUGUGUACGCGCACGGAGCGAAUAAGCAUUGUGUGACACACACCCCCUGGCCCCCCCUGAUCAACGCCGAAACAAUUGAAAAAAAAUACUUAUUUUCAAAGAUUAUAAAAUUUCUCUCUCAACGUCUUGAGAAAUUUCAACAUUCGGAGUGUUUUUUAAACCAACAAAAUAUGUCAAAAUCUCUCGUACGUACGAGCCUCGAAUUAUUCGGUUACGAGAAUGAUUUGACAAAAGAUACAAAAAAACGAAGGAGGAAGAGAUCGGAGGGUGCCCUUGACUUAAUUCCUGUCAAUCAUCGAAUUGUUCUGAAAAACAAUAAGAAAGAAACUGUCAAAUUGCAUCGGACCGGUGGACCGAGCUUUCGAGAAGUUGAGGGACGACGGAGCUUAAACGUUGAUUCGACGGAGAAAAACAUAGAGCGACUUUUGCUUUUAAGCGGUCAGAAAAUAAAUCAAGAAACGUCGGAAAAGCUGAUGAGGCGAGCGGCAAAAAAAUCUUAUGAAUCCGCUGCACAAAACAAAUCGGAAACUGAGGAAAGCACAGCAUUUACGGAAGAAGAUUUCAAGAAAUUUGAGGAAGAAUAUCACGAACUGUAAUUGAACGGAUGCGCCGAAAAUUAGUGAAUAAUGUUGGGCACAGAUAGAGAGAGAGGAAAAGUCGUUUUGAUUUUAACAA